GUAUAUUUUCAUUAUAUCAACUACUUCAUGUACUUUUUACUACCUGUAAUGUAUAAUUACAAAUAUUACUGACUUAUGUCAGGCAUACACACACAAAUCAAGUAAAAAUUGUUGUGAAUAAUUUAAAACUUGCAAAAUAUUUUACAUUGAUUGUUAUUAUUAUUUUUAGUGCAAAUCAUUAAAAGAAGCUAGUCAAAGCAACUUAUAUGAUGAAUAACGUCCAAGUUAUAACAUGUCAAUUAAUAAGAAUUAGAAAAAAUAUAGCAUAUGCUUUAAAAAAAAAAAAAAAAUCAAGAGUUUUCUCUCACUAAAGAAAAUUCAACCAAUGAGAUUCUACUCGUUUAGUGUCACUCUCACACUAGUCUCAAUCACACUCUUCUUCCAUUUUAUGCCUUUUCCUCCUCUACCCCUCUCCACUCCUAUAAAUUUGGCAAUGCUUAAACUCUUCAUUCCCAAACAUUAUUUUUUGCUACAUAACAGCUACUCUUCAACAUUAGCUUAUAUGUAAAAUCCCCCCAAAAAAAUAUCAUCAUUCAUCAAUAACAAUAAUAACUUUAUUUCGUUCAUAUAAUAUCUCAUCAAAUCGUAUAAUAUAUAGUUUUUUCGUACGAAUAAUAUCAUAGCAGCCCAAAUAUAUAUAUAAUGAGGCUGUCUAUGAAGUCAUUUGCAUUAACUUAUGAUAUCCCUUCUUCCGGCAUAUCACCGCAUGUCCCCACGCAGCAGCAUUGCAAUCUCACUAAACAAACUCAACAACUUAUGAUGACUUUUCAGUCGUCUCAGCAGUCCCUCCUCCAUCAUUCUAUUAAACCGACCACGGCCACGACGACGACAACAACAACAACGAGUAAGUCGGGUCGUGGGGUGAGGCAUAUGGGCUCGCCCCGUGUUGCUGAUCGUUGGAAGGAGUACAUGGGGGCGAGGGAUUGGGAAGGGCUACUUGACCCACUUGAUGAGAAUCUUCGCGAUGAGAUCCUCCGAUACGGGUCCUUUAUUGAGGCUACGUACCGGGGGUUCGAUUUUGACCCUGGAUCACCCUCUUUUGGGUCAUCCAAGUACAAGAAAAAGUCCUUCUUUAGGGAUUGUGGGUUGCCAACACCCGGGUUUCGGCUUACCCGACACCUCCGAGCUACUUCGGGAAUUCAAGUACCCGAAUGGGCCCAAUCCAACUGGUCUCCGGUGAAGACCAGCUGGAUUGGGUACGUGGCGGUCUGCAAUGAUAAGGCGAUGAUUGACCACCUGGGGCGCCGGGAGGUAGUCAUCGCCUUACGUGGGACCGCCACAUGUUUAGAGUGGCUAGAGAACCUACGAGCCACUCUAGCCCCAGUCCCAGGGUCCACAUCGAUAAAUAAUGACAAUAUGGACCCACGGGACUUAGAUGGCCCCCCUAUGGUAGAAAGUGGAUUUCUGAGCCUAUACACUUCGGGCACCGACAUGUGGCCCAGUCUCCAGGACUCAAUAAGAAUGGAGGUAAGUCGGAUCCUCGAGCUCUACCAAGACAAGCAGCCUCUUAGUAUAACCAUCACCGGCCACAGCCUAGGGGCUGCCCUCGCUACGUUGGCAGCCUACGACAUCAAGACUACGUUCGACCGGGCCCCACUCUUGACUGUGAUAUCCUUCGGUGGGCCACGAGUGGGAAACCAAAGCUUCCGUUCCCUUGUAGACAAACAAGGGACGAAAAUCCUAAGGGUGGUCAAUCCAAGUGAUCUCAUCACUAAAGUACCCGGGUUUGUUACUGAUAAUACUGAAGAGUUUGUCAACAUAAAUAAUAAAAGUACUAGUCCUACGAAAAAAUUUGAGGAAAAAAAUAGUAAAAAUCCUUGCAAUAACAAUAACACUAACAAUAAAAGUAACCAUAGGAGUAACCGUCCUGGUAAAAUUGAAAGUAACAUCAGUAGUCAUUUCUGUAAAAUUAAAAGUAGUUGUGGUGGUAGCCAUUUUGGGUUCGGUGAAGUUGAAAGUAGAAGUCCUAGUAACAAUAGUGGUUCCAAAAAAUUAAACCAAUUGGCGGAGUUAUGCUUGAAUUGGAUCCAACAAUUUCGGGUGGAGGACACACAGUGGUGGGUGUACGCCGAGGUGGGACGGGAGCUCCGGUUAGCGAGCAGUGAAUCAGAGCAACUAUCAUACUACUUGGGCAACAUGGACGUUGCAAAAUGUCAUGACCUAAAAACAUACCUUAACUUAGUGGAAGAUUGUCCACUCAAAAAUCUUUUUAGAAGGUCCUUGAACAAACUCUCUGAGAGUUGUAGUGUUCAUAAAAAAGAGAGUAAUGGUGUCUUUGCAUUGCUUUGUAAACAAUUUUGAGACAUGCUAAUAAUUGUACAUAUAUAUAUCUUACGUAUAGAUUUGGGCAUUCCACAUUGUUUGAUACUAAGUUGAACUCGGCUUCAUAAUUUUUUUUUUCUAUUUUUAUGUUUACUAGAAAUUAGUCUAAUAGAUAAUAAAAAAAAUUAAAAAAAAAAACCCUUAUAAUUUCAUGGGUCAAACCGUAAUUUUAAUAAGGAUAUUUUCCAAAAUCUCAAUUUUAUAAUUAGAAUUUAAAUUUAAGUAAGGUCAAUUGACUAACACAAUUGAUAAUACAAACAACUCCGAUAAUUUUAAAGGUGUAGGUUCUCAAUAUUUUUUUAAAAAAAGUACACUCAUUGAGCAAGAUUAGUAUUAAGUGUAAGUUCUCAUUUUGUUAAACUAGAGAUCAAGUUUUUGUAAAAAAAAAAAAAAAAAAAAAAAAAAAAAAAAAAAAAAAAAAAAAAAAAACCUAUAGAUCAAGUAUUGCUUAUUCACAAACAAAUCCAUACUAAUUUGUUAAAAUUUACACAUUUCCUAAGCUAAUAAAUUGUUAAAAUUUACACAUUUCCUAAGCUAAUAAAAAUAAGAAUCUAGU